CAAAUGCCCCACAGCGUCCAACGGUAGGAGGGCGGUUGGCGCGUUUGGGGUGGCGUGGCCGUGUUUCUUGUGUUGUUGUCCCCCUCCUCCUCCUCCUCACUGCUGCUGUUCGGCGCAGGAUGGCGGAGGCAGUCACGGCGCAGCUAGACUCAUUCGGCCGCAACUUCCAGAUCGCGGACCUUCAGGGGCUGCACCGUUCGCGCCAGGUACCGGUGGAGAGCCGUGGUCCGAUCUCUAAUGCCCCCAGCAGCCCCGCAGGAAUGGAGAGCAGUCAACCAAUCACCAUCACCGACCCGGCCACACGGCGGAAGAAGAAACGCAGAACUCGGGCCGCGGACAGUUUCACCGGCAAAUUCAGUGAUCUGUACCAGCUGACAGACGAGCUGCUGGGUCAGGGAGCUUAUGCUAAAGUCCAGGGCUGUGUGAGUUUACAGAACGGCAGUGAGUACGCUGUCAAGAUAAUCGAGAAGAACGCUGGUCACAGCCGCAGUAGAGUUUUCAGGGAGGUGGAGACACUUUACCAGUGUCAGGGAAAUAAGAACAUUCUGGAGCUCAUUCAGUUUUUUGAAGACGACUGCUGCUUCUAUCUGGUGUUUGAGAAGUUGCUCGGAGGUUCCAUUUUAACACACAUCCAAAGUCGGAAGUACUUCGAUGAGAGAGAGGCGAGUCAUGUAGUGAGGGAUAUAGCGCAUGCACUGGACUUUCUGCACAACAAAGGAAUCGCUCACCGGGACCUUAAGCCUGAAAAUAUCCUGUGUGAAUAUACUGAUAAGGUUUCUCCUGUGAAAAUCUGUGAUUUUGAUCUGGGGAGUGGAGUGAAGCUAAACAGUGCCUGUACCCCAAUAACUACCCCUGAGCUCACCACACCGUGCGGCUCAGCGGAGUACAUGGCUCCUGAGGUGGUGGAGGUCUUCACGGAUGAGGCUUCGUUCUACGAUAAGCGCUGUGACCUCUGGAGCCUUGGAGUGAUCCUCUACAUCCUGCUCAGCGGGAGUCCUCCCUUCACCGGCCACUGCGGCACUAACUGCGGCUGGGAGCGGGGAGAGACGUGCCGUGCCUGUCAGAACAACCUGUUUGAGAGGAUUCAGGAGGGCAAGUAUGAAUUCGGGGAUGGGGUUUGGACUCAGAUUUCAGCCGAUGCCAAAGAUUUGAUUUCGCGGCUGCUGGUGCGGGACGCCACUCUACGUCUGAGUGCCGCCCAGGUCCUGAAGCAUCCCUGGGUGCAAGGGAAUGCACCUGAAAGAGUUCUUCAGACCCCUCGAGUUCUCCAAAGAAACUGCAGCACUAAAGACCUGACACAGUUCGCCGCUGAAGCCAUUGCGUUCAACAGGCAGCUGUCUCAGAAGGAGGAAGAGCAGGAGGACUUCGGUGCCGUGGUCUGCUCCAUGAGGCUCUCCCCUCCAUCUAACUCUAGAUUAGCCCGGCGCCGGGCACAGUCUCAAGCACUACGCACCAACACCUGACACCCGCUCCAGAUUUAUUCCUGCACACCGCAGUGCGUUACAGCCCUUCAUAUGCACACGUUCUCUUGCGAACUGAAUAGAUAACGAACACGUAUAUGCAUAGCAAGCUCGGUGCUGCCAGCCUGUAGCACAGAGCAACCUCGUUCAUAUACAAACCAAAACCAUCCAGCGUUUCCAAUUUAUUUACAGGUAUUUUACUCUGUGUAAUGUGAGUUUUUUUGUAUUUUAAGCAUAAGAAAUUGUGCUUUUUUUUUUUAUAUAUAUAUAUAUUUAUUAUCAAAUAUUUAUGGCUGGAAGUGUUUGUCAGUCUGAUAUAAAAAGGUGCUCAACUCUGAGGGAAUCUGCAGAUUUUAAUCAGUCAGGCUUUUAAUCUACGUUAGCAUUUUUAUACUUGGCGAGCUUUAACAAAAACAACAUUUGAGUUACUGUAAAGCGUUGACGUCUUGCUUUGUUACUUUUCUAUUGUUUGUAUUAUGAGUUCUAUCUGUACUCUAGUUAUAGAUAUAUUUUGAGCUAUGUAAAGCCAUGCUGCCGUGCGUCUUAAGCGAAAACGCAUUUGAGAGCCGUCGCUGCUUUUAAAGAGGGUGUUGUUGAGGUAUUACAUGCGUUUGACCAGAUGCUUUCAGCUCAGACCGUUAGCAGAUAUUGCACAGUACUUUUUAAUUUUAUGUAUAUUUUUUUCAUGGUCCCGCUUUAUGUCUUUGAGUACUGAAUUUUAUUUCGCUGUAAAAGUGAACUAUUUUCCUAUGCAUCAGGGCGAGGAGUCUGUUCUUGCAGCCGAUUCGGUUACAAGAUGGAGUGCAUUUUAUUUAUUUUUUUGUUUGUAUUGUUAAAUUGUGCCGUUUUGGGGGGGCUCCUAAUGUGCAAAAUAACUAAAUGACCUCUCAAUUGCCUUUUUUAAAUUGUAGAACAAGCACGGUUGAUUUUUUUUCCCCUGUUAUUUGUUGUUUAAAACGCUAUUUGAGCUAGGUGAAAUGGUAAGCAUUGAAUGGUUGUGUGCAUUAUUUAUAAGUGCUGGUAAGAUUUCGUACGACACUAAAGGGUGCUACCUCACAUCAAUGAUUAUUUUCUCAGUAUUCGGCGCUUGUGUGAAGCUCUAAUGGAGCACCGAAGGCCAAUUUCACGAAUGCUGACUGUGGAAUGGCCAUUUAACCCUAAAAAGGUCAGGGAUAGGUCAGAGGUGUUCAUUUGGUUUUCCAACUCUGAGAAAUAAAGCAGUUUGCACGGA